GUCACAACCAGUGAACAGGACAAAGCAAUAUAAUCUGAGAAUAACCCUAAAGAAGUAUUUCAUUAGAGCUUUGAGACAGAUAGUUAAUCCUUAAGUCUGGUGUGCUGACGUGUCCUGCACAGAACAUCUAAAGAGGAAGAAGAAACUGAGAAGAAACUUGAAAGAAGAACAACAAUCGCUGAAGACGAGAAGAUGAAGGUCACACGUGUCUUUCUCUCUGCUGUGCUCGUAGUAGUGUGUUUCUGCAUCCUUCAGACCGCUGCCGGUCCUUUCAUACAGCAGGUACAUGAGGAUCAAGUGAAGAGUGAAGCUCCACAGAUAAACCAUCACAGUACAGAAACAUCACUGGAACAGAGAAAUCCACUGGCUCUGUUCAGAAGCAAACGUCAGAGUCAUCUCUCUCUCUGCAGAUAUUGCUGCAACUGCUGUCACAAUAAAGGCUGUGGAUUCUGCUGCAAAUUCUGAAAAUACGCUCAUUUUAGUUCAGAAAGAACAGCUGCUUGUGUACAUUAACUUAUUUGGACUUUUAUCUUCUGCCUAAAGUAUUUUCUUGUCUAUGGGCCAUUAGUGUACUGCGUCUUUGUGUGCCUCUUAUAAAACUGUACAGAUACUGAAAUGUGUAACAACAAAAGGACUUCUUUUGUUAAAGCGAACGUAUGUAUUUUUUACAUGUCUAUAUUUUUACGAUGUUAAAUUCAUGAUUGUUUAGUGAAAGGGUAUUUUUAAUAAAACUUUUCCUUUUCAA